ACAACAACAACAAAUUGGAUUCUUAUUCCAAAAUCUUAAUAAAGUGUUUUUAAAUUAUUUUUUUUAGCAAUAGAUAACAAUUACUUAUCACAGCUUAAUAAUAAACAAUAACAAUUUUUAAUAGCAAAUCAAUGCCAAUAUCGAACUAAAGCAUUUAACUAUAAUUAGAUAACUUCCUAUUUUCAACACGCAACAGCCCUCAAGUACUGAAUUCUAGUGGAACUAAAACAAAAAAUACAAUUUAAUUUCUUUUUAUAUGUGUAUAAACAAAAUCUAAUCAUGAAUGCCAACAAUAUUCUAUCAAAUUGUAUUAAGGAACAUUGUCACAAUGACGACAACUACGACGUCGAUAAAAAUAUUAGUAUCAGUGGAGUAGUGCACAAUAAAGUGUACUAUUGUAAUGCCACACCAUUAAACAAUCAAAGUCUAUCGUUGGUCGCACAACUAUUAACAUGCUCUUCGGUUGAUCAACGUUCGCAAUUCGUAAACUUGCCAAAGUGUUCAAUACGGGGAACGCUCGACGCUAUGGAGACUUAUGAUAAACAUUCAGUGAAAAGCUUCUAUCGUGUUUGGCACAUACAAUGUACAAUUAUAGUGACCUUAAUAGCCAUAGCUUUAGCCCGUGCAUUUAUUCGUGUUCGUGUUAAUGAUGGAAAAAGUGAAAAAUUCAAAAUUUGGUUACGUUAUAUUUUAGAAUUUAUCCUGAUCUCGUUGCCCGUUAUUGUUAGUGUGAAUGUGGCUAAUAAUUAUGUCGAAUAUAUAGUAGGAUUUUCUUUUGUGCUAUUACUUUUUAUAAUGUGGCGCACAAAAUGUUGGCAGUUGGCGGCAAAAAGAGAUUUUGAAUUUGGUCGCAGACCAAUACUCUUUACACUCAUGCGUUCUACCAUCAAUUUUCUAACAGCUCUCUGUAUACUAGCUAUUGAUUUCAAAAGUUUUCCCAAGACAUUUCGUAAGUCCAGACGUUAUGGUGUUGGUCUAAUGGAUGUUGGUAUUGGUUUAUUUGUUUUCUCCAUGGGUUUGGUUACUUCAAGACCUCGUAAAGUUUCCGAUUUACGUAAACUUGUGUUUACUGUGGGCUGUAUGUUGUUAUUGGGUUUAGCUCGUACUUUAGUGAUAACGGCCAUAGAUUAUCAUCAGGAUGAACAUGAGUAUGGUACACAUUUGAAUGCUUUCUUUACACUGGGUUUAACGAAAUUGUGUGCCACCUGUUUUGGUUUUUUGGCUAGAAGUAAUAAACAUCUGCUACCAUUAGGUUUGGUCAUCUUACUCUCUCAUGAGGCCAUCUUACAAUGUGGAGUCUGGAAGUACGUAAUGAAUCCAAAAUUAGAACGUACUAAUUUCAUAAGCUCAAAUCGUGAAGGUCUCUGUUCGCUGCCAGGAUUUAUAGCUCUCUAUCUACUCUCACAAUAUCUGGGACAAUGGCUACAAGCCAAAGAUGUACUAAACUUUGAGGAAAUUAAACAAAAAUUCAAAAAACUCUCCUUAACAACUUUAGGUCUAUGGCUGUUGGUGACCAUAAAUAUAUUUGUAAUUGGCAUAGCUAGAGUUACUUGUAAUUUGGGUUAUGUAAGCUGGAUUUUAGCCAUAGCCGUAACCAUGUGUACCUUAUAUUUAUUUGUAUUCGAUAUAGUAUUAGAUACACUGAAACCCAUUAAUGAGGAUAAUAACAAAGUUAGUUUAACGGAAAUGACUAUAACAAAAUCUGCCGUUAGUUUAAAUUCCAAAAUACCUCUAGUCAUAGAAGCUGUUAAUUAUAAUGGUUUAACUUUCUUUUUACUAGCCAAUAUAUUGACUGGUUGUACAAAUAUGUUUUUAGCAACCGAUGAGAAAACUGAUUUACAAAGUAUUGUCAUUUUAUUCUUUUAUAUGCUAAUAACAAUAACAUUUAUUUUUAUAUUGUUUCGUUUUAAAAUAAGAAUUGCCUAAAACAAAUUUAAUAUAUAUUUUUUAAUAUUCCACUUAAUAAUUGUGAUAAUGUUUAACGGUUAAGUUUUUAAAUAUAAAUUAUUUAUUUUUGAAAGUAGUUUUUUUUUUAACAAACAAAAUUAAAAUAUUAAGUACUUUUUAUUAUUUAAGUUUUUUUUUUAAUGAUGUACAAAUGUAUAAAAAUCUAACGGGAAUAUUUUUAAAAAUUGUUGCAAAUUUUUUGAAAAUAUAAAUAAAAAUUAUAUU